AUGAGUGAAGAACAUCACAGGAAGACUGCGGUGCAAACCGUGGCCGCGGUCUUCUUGCCAAUUGCUACUAUCACUGUUAUGUUGCGCAUAUAUGUGCGUGGAUGGAUUGUCAAGGCUUUUGGAUGGGAUGAUGGGAUGAUGGUGGUUGCAUUACUGUUUUACGCCAUGUUCUGUGGAUGUAUGAUCGGAGGAACAAGAUAUGGCACAGGAUACAAGUUCGAACACCUCGAACCCAUCAAUGCUGUCAUUGCCAUGAAGUACUGGUGGCUUUGCGAGAUUGCCUACUGCUUCGCUUCUAUCGGAUGCAAAAUCUCUGUUUGCAUUUUCUUGAUGCGCAUCACUAUCAGACCCCUUCACAUCUGGGCUCUGUACACUGUCAUGGUCUUGACCGUCCUUGCUGGAUUGGUCUUCAUGUUCCUGAUGCUCCUACAGUGUCAUCCAUUGAAAUUCUUCUGGACACGGACGAUGGUUCCUCAGCCCGAGGGCUCCUGUAUUGAUAUCAGUAUAAUCAUCAGCAUGACAUACGUGUACAGCGCAUUCGCCGCAUUGUGUGAUUUCACCGUCGGCAUCUUGCCCAUCUUUCUCGUGCACAAGUUGCACAUGAAGCGCCAAACCAAAAUUGCCGUAAUGGGCAUUUUGAGCAUGGCCUGCGUUGCUUCAUCGGCGGUCAUCGUCCGCAUUCCUUUUGUCAGAACCUUCGCUGACGAUGAUUUCCUUUACGCGACCAUUGAGAUCGCCAUAUGGUCCAACAUCGAAGCCGGCCUGGGAAUCACAGCCGGCAGUCUCGCAACUCUACGACCUCUCCUUCGCGUCAUCUUGGGCUCCCACACUGACCCAGAAUACUCAUCUGGAUUUCCCGGUGCGCGAUCACGGAGUGCAUCGCGCCAGCUGGGUGGAAACAAUGGCCAGUACCCACUCGGCUCAAUAGACGACAAUGUUCAGUCUCGGCUGAGACCGGAUAAGCUUGCUGUCACUGUGACGACGAUUAAAAGCCAGCGAGAUGUUGACACAUACGGUGGGCCGUCUAGUCCGAGUAGCAGUGAGGAGAGGUUGACCUUUGACCGCUAUCUGCCAAAUGUACAGGGUGACAUGGGGCUGGGCAUUCAUCGGACGUUGGAGGUCACGCAGACUACAACAGAUACACAUGAGAAUGAGCGCAGGAUUGCGAAGGAACAUGUGUAA